AUGCGCUCUUGGUUGCUCUCCCAUCAUAUUUUGAGGGGGUCUACGCGGCGGGAAUGCCGGCUCCACCACGACUGGAGGAAGAGGUCCUGGUGCUUGAGAACCACCCGGAACGCGAACGUUUGGAGGCACGUUUACAGGAUGCUGACCACUUUGGAGAGCGCUCACCAAUUGAGAAGUAUCUGCUCCAGAUUGGCUCGGUUUUGGUGUUGAUGUUGACUGACGGAACAAUCCACCACUUUCAUGACGUUUGCUAUAUUUGAACAUUCUGAGCUUUGCUACCGAUGCAUGUGUAGGACGAAUAAUGCCAGGAGCACGCAUUGGCAGCUGUGGCAAACGUGGAUAUCGCUUUUGUGCUGAGCUCUGCGAUUUUCCUGUCUCUGAGCCGUUUUGGUUUGCGAUUUCAGUUCGGCCCUUUCGUUGCUCACUUGCUUUCAAUUUUUCUGAAGCAAAAUAAUUUUGAAAGAGUAAUUACUCAGAAGACAAUACGUCAAGAAAACCUACUUGCAGAUCAUUGCCAAAAUGGAGGCGGCGAAUUCUCGCAAACGGAAAUGUUGCCUGUCUUCUGGAUCAGGGCACAACUCUCGACAUACCACACAAGAACAAAGGGCCGGAAUGAUAUCAUGUAAACAUUUAUCCAGAUUUACUUGAACGUUGUCGAUUAACGUCUUCAGAAGCCUCAGUAUAUUUCUUAGAACGGGGAGGUUCUGCUCCGCUAUAUUACAACGAACACCUUCAAAUAUCAACACUGCAAAACGUGGCACCAAUGACUGUAGUCCGGGAUCUGACGCCAGAAGAUGUAGAACCUCCCUUCUCUUUUCCGGGCUGGAGCCAAUAACAGUUUCUACACACUUCCUGAAGAAGACUUGUUGGUCCAAGGACAAUGAAUGGGUAGUAAUAGGUCGCGACAGUGUCUGCUCAAGCUUGUUCCCUGUUCUCGGCCCACGAUUUCCAUCCUCCACUACUGCUAGACAGCAAGACUCACCAUGAGCGACUCGUUCGAAGAAGAUUGAAAAGUGUUAAUGCCCUCUUGUCCGGAGCUCGUGUUAGAAGGAGCAAUCACAGGAUUUUCUGGGACUCGUGGCUGUUCUCCUUCAAUUACGAGCCAGUGUUUCCGUAUGCGACGCUUGUAUGGCAUUCGCCGUGGCGUUACAUUCAUUAUCGCUCUAAGAUCCACCAUGAAGUAGUCAUUUGGAUAAAGAGUCUUGUUAAGAGAGUCGCAGAGAUGAAACUGUGUAUUGGAUGCAGCACGAGACGACGUGCAAGGACUCAAAACUCCGCGGAUGUCGAUGCUGUUCUCAAUAUCGCGAGCUUCUAGCUUAAUCCUUUUGCCUUGGGCUACCAGUUGCAAAGCGGUAGUGAGCACAUCACGAACAACUUGGUUUACAUUUGACAUUAUAUAGUCGACAGCUGCUUCAGUAAUGACAUCUGGUCGAAGCCCCAGUUGCCGAAUAACCGAAAGGGCGUAGGCACGAUUCCAAGCCGAGUGAUCAACACCCGUUUUGUAUUUACCUUGAUGAUAGUAAACUCAAGACAUGUUCGUAUAAACAGCAUAGGUAUAGAAUUUCAUCCAAUUUGAUGGCGCGUACUCACUAUGAGUGAAUAUCGAUAUUUUGGAGUCUUCUGGGACAGAUUUCUUUUCAGCCUGUGCCAUUAGAAUUGAUGGAAGAAGUCGCGUACUAUUUAACUCAUGCAGAAAUGAUAAUAAGUAACAGCAGUGGCACAGAAGAAACGGGUAGUGACGAAGCAGAAUGUAGAAGAAACCUAAUAUCGAGAUAA